AUGGACGAGUCGUCGGCGGGAAGUGGGGCGGUGGCGGCGGCGGCUCCGCCAAAGGGCUACGAAGCUGUCAGGCCGUGGGCGGUGGUCGAGGAUCUGCUGCUGGCCCAUGCCGUCAUGGCCUCAAAGAUCGAAAAGCCAGAGACGACCGAGCAUUGGGUCACCAUCUCGCAGAUGAUCAAGGACAAGGUGGCCAACUCUGUGCGCGAGCCGGCGUUCUUCUCGCCGGCGCAGUGCAAGCUCCGCUACAACGAGCUGGUGGAGGAGACCAUUCACAACACGCGCGGCAAGGCAUCCGGCACGGCACAGGCCUCGCCGGGCGAGCAGGUUGUCCAGUCGCUCCUCCACAAGCGCCUCCGCGAGCUCAAGUCGUCACAGCGGAUCAAGGAGAAGCUCAUCAAGUGCAUCGCCACCCAGAUCGGCGACAUCAAGUCCGGUGUCCUCGACGACGACCUGCACUACGUCAUUGAGGCCAACGGGACGUACCCGGUCCGUGACAUCUCCAUGAACGGCAUCUUUGCCUCGCCGCCGCCGCUCAUCCACCGCAAGAUCCAGCCCGGCAUCGUCCUCUCCGGCUCGCUCAACCUCACACCGCUGGCCGACGACGUCGCCCCCUCGCGCUCCUCACGCUCCGCUCGGACCCCGGCCAAGGCCUCGGCAUCAAAGUCCAAGGCCAAACCGAGCGCCACGCCCAAGGCCUCGCGCUCGCGCCGCAAGCGCUCGCGCUCAUCUUCGGUCGCCGUCGAAGGCGACUCGGCGGCCUCCCCCGCCCCCGCCGCCGGUGACGAUGGCGACGACGGCGACUCGAGCCCCGCUCGCUCGCGCAAGCGCCGCAAGGGCCUUACCGGCGACGACGGCAUCGACGACUCGGACACCUCGGACGCCGGCGUCAAGAAGCGCGUGGCCAAGCUCAAGUCGCUCCUCAGAGUCAUCACCUCGCACGCCUCGGCAAACCCGUUCAAGACGCCUGUCACCGAAGACGUCGCCCCGGGCUACUUCUCCGUCGUCUCCAAGCCCAUGGACCUCUCCACCAUCCGCGAGCUCAUCCGCGACGGCUCCAUCACCACCUUUGCCGCCUUUAAGAGCGCCUUCCAGCUCAUGAUCGCCAACGCCCACAAGUACAACCCCAAGGGCAACGUCAUCCACGAGAUGGCCACCGAGAUCUCAGAGUUUGGCCUCUCGCUCAUCGCAAAGUAUGCCACAGGCGCAGAGGCGGCGGCCACUCCGGGACGCCGCUCCCGCCGCACAGGCUGA